UUUCUUUUUUUUUUUUUAAGAAUCCCUUCGUUUCUGUACUUAUUACUUUAUUAUAAUACUGACAUGUCCUCCACUGCAGAUAAUGGCAAAGACUUACCUUUUUCACUACAAUUGACUUGUGGUGCUAUCGCUGGUGUUGUUGAGAUCUUGGCAUUAUAUCCGUUAGACGUUGUCAAGACAAGAGCUCAGCUAAAUUCUGGUGUUAGUGUAGGGGUGUUAUCUAGUUUCAAAGAUAUCAUUGGAAAUGAAGGUAUACCAACGUUAUAUCGUGGCAUUGCUUUUCCAUUAUCCAUAGAAGCACCAAAGCGGGCCAUUACAUUUGCUGCCAAUGAACAAUUUACCGUCUUUUACAAACGACUUUUUGGAUUGGACCAUGUGACACCUCCUUUGGCUAUGGCAACAGGCGUAAGUGCUGGUAUCACUGAGGCGGCGGUCAUUGUACCUUUUGAACUAGUCAAGGUGCGAUUACAAGACAAAGCAAAUGCAAGCAAAUAUAAGAAUGCAUUGGAUGCCCUGAAGAAAAUCAUUCAACAUGAAGGUGUACUCGCCCUUUAUAAUGGUUUGGAAGCAACUAUUCUUCGUCAUGCUAUUUGGAAUGGAGGAUAUUUUUCGGUGAUAUCCACAGUAAGAGGUGCGCUACCUGAAGCAACGAAUAAAAAUGAACAAUUACGGAAUAACUUUGUGGCAGGUACCGUUGGAGGAAUUUUUGGUACCAUACUGAAUGCACCAACUGAUGUUGUCAAGUCUAGGAUACAAGGUUACACUGGCGUUGGACCAAAGAAAUAUAAUUGGACAUUCCCAUCUAUUAUUCUCAUCGGAAGAGAAGAAGGUAUUCGAAGUUUAUAUCGUGGAUUUGUGCCCAAAGUGCUUAGAUUAGGACCAGGAGGAGGGAUAUUAUUAGUAGUAUAUGAUACUGUUUCUAAUUGGAUGAAGAGACAUGUAGUAUAGAUAUUUACGUAUUUUGGUAUUGAAAUAAUCAUUUUGUUUUUCUGCUAUGAUUGAUUUGAAAUGGAAUAUCGUUUUAGAAUAACUCUCUUUUUUUUUCUCUCUCUUUUUUAAUUUUGUUCUGGAAUUUGUACUUUUCAUGAUCAGAUAAUAAAAUAGAAUCAUUUUAUAUAUUGUUC